CAGGAGCUAGAUGUCAUCGACACUUAUCCAGUGGAGAUUAUACCUGGUUUCUUGUGUGUGGCAACAUUCCUCCAGUCUCAGGCAGUGAGAGUAAUCAAGGAUCUCAAAGUCAAGGCAAAUGUGAUUGUUGGAAAACAAAAUGACACAAUAUUUGCUGCAGAUGGUAUGACACUGGGUAAAGAUGAGAAGAGAGUCAAGCAAAUUGUGACAAUACCAAUUGACGACAAUGGUGAAGAAGAUCUCUACUCACACCUGUCUGACAUUAUUCAUUUCAUUGAUGGCCGAACAGUUCUGUUGAGUUCAACAUUGGGUAUUAGCCGCAGUGUGGCUGUAGUGGUAGCUUAUUACAUGUGGAACAAAAAAGUCUCUAGGAAGGGUGCGUACAAGCACGUGAAGAAAUGCAGAGAAAACAUGCAACCAACAAGAGGCUUCAUUGAGCAGUUGUCUCGCUGGGAAGAAAAGAUGUUUGGUUCUAUUGUCACUGACAUCAGUGAUCCGGAAUAUUAGCAAGCAA